AUGACGUCGUCGGCUCCAAGGCCCACGACCAACGCACACGAUCAACAGCAAGUCGCCCGUCUCCAAGCCCGGUUGCGUACAAGUACGCGUCGACGGCUCGGACGGGGCAAUGUUCCGGAUGCCGUCACGUUGGCUCCCGGUGCGCACAAGUACGUUUUGCUCCAGGCGAGUAGCGACGACACAGGUACCCAGUACUUUGUCACGUCGCGGCAGAAUGCGGCGUACCAUCGGAACGCGGCGGAACCAAUGAUUGCGCAAUUGGAAGAAGCGGGCUUUUACGAUAUUGAAGUUACGGGUGGGGGACGGAUUCGGCUCAACGAAGAGGAGCAAAGGAUUUCUAUUUUUGGAUUUUCUUACGGCUUUGGUCCAGCGGAUCACGCCAUCAGUCGACGGAUAGUCCUGGAAGAUCCACGGUACCGCCACUUUGACGUCCAAACCAGCAACGAUGGUUACUAA